UUGUUAGUGGUUCUCAUCCAAGUGGAAGAUUUUAUUAUGCAUAGAAAUGAAUCAGUGGUGCUGACAUGCUCAAACAUCACACACAGUGUGACAGGCUUUUCAUAUCUGGCACCGUAGCUCUCUGUUGUCUUGGCUUGUCCGCUGUUCUGCGGGGCUGUGUAGAGAGCAAACUGGGGAGGGACGUUUCUGCACACCUCUUGAGUUUCUUCAAAGAGCCGCAGAGAGACACAGGGGAGGAGGGAGAUCACACAGAGGGGGGCAGAGAGGCGAAAAUCAUCCCCAUCCUCCGCUUGUCAGCCAGACAACCGCCGCUCCAAUCCGUUCUCCUCGGCACUCGGAUGUAACGGGAUAAAAAUGCUGAAGUUCUUCUCCGCGCGGGAUGACGAGAAUGAAAGCCUCCUGGGAGCAAUAACAGAGGAUGAAGGAGACAAUCCGUCUCUUCAGGACACCAAGCAUCACUGGCUGAACAGGCCCUGUCUGCUGGUGCUCAAAGAUGGGGAUGUGUCAAAACCUGGACUGGGCUGCGGACAGAUCAGACCAGAAUCUCCGUCUAAAGCCAGCUCGGACGCAACAGUCAGAGCCCCGUUUGCAACAUGUGAGCAGAAACCGACUGAACAUCCUGCCAAAACUGCUUCGCCGUCCCAGCUGGAGGAGGGCAGCUGCACUGUGACCGCCAUCUCCUCAUGGGGUGGGAGUUGCGUUGGGGAGUCAUCGAGCCCUCUGGUACUGACCCCUGCUGAAGCUGCGUGGCCAGAAGAGGAGGAAGAGGUGGAGGUGGAGGAGAAGAAAGCCCAGGCUCUGCCAUCCAAGGAGGACUCUGUGAUUGAGGAGAAGGAGCUGGAGGAGAGCGGGCUGGAGCAGCAGCAGGAGCAGCCCUGCAGCUCGGAGGCAACUGCAACGCCUUCUGCUCUCUCACAUGAGGAGGCGUAUGGCAGGGUGUCCAGGGAGAGUCAGUUUAAGAUGGCCAAAUCUGACAGAAGGGAUGAGGCAAACACCAGCAAGGCCCUGGCAAGUGGGGAGGGAGCUGCGGGAGACUCUGCAGCUUCCCCUGGGGAUCCUGAUAAUGAGUGCCAGCCGAGCCCCGCUGGUAUCCUGUCCAAGGAUCGAGGCAGUGUCCUUGGGGAGGUAGCACCGGUGUGGGUUCCUGAUGCUCAGGCGCAGGUGUGCAUGAAGUGUGGAGUAAAGUUUACAUUCACUAAGAGGAGGCACCACUGCCGUGCUUGUGGGAAGGUAUUCUGUGCACUCUGCUCCAAUCUGAAGUUCAGACUUACACAUCUGGAUGGCAAGGAGGGACGAGUUUGCGUUUCCUGUCACUCAACUCUCGUCAAAAGGACACCUCCGAGGGGAAAAAGGAGGGUGUGGUUCGCUGACGAAAUCCUCACCAAUAAGCAGUCAGAGUCUGCCCCGACAACGCCGGUCAGAGGGCCAACGUUCUCACCGCUGAUGAGGCGAGCGCUGGGUGGGCCGGUUAAAAGUCCUGUGGGUUCACCGCAAAUCAGGAGAACCUUGCGGCCACACGGGACGUCCAUCAAUGAGGCCUGUGGUCCUUAUGGCUGGGGCACCACAGCUUUAGUGAGCAGCUCUGCCAACCUCAUCCCCCUGGAUGGCCUGCCUCCCAUCCUCACCUCCACAGGAGUUAAAGGAGAUUACACUGUGGAGGAGCAGCCCUCUGAGAUCUUGCUCAUUCAGGAGCUGGAGAGCGGCAGGCCCAAACCCCUGGUGUUUGUCCUCAAUGCCAACCUACUUGCUAUGGUCAAGCUGGUCAACUAUGUUAACAGGAAGUGCUGGUGCGUGACGACAAAGGGGAUGCACGCUGUGGGCCAGGUGGAGGUGGUGGUGCUGCUGCAGUGCCUGCCUGAAGAGAAGAGUUUCCCCAAAGACAUUUUCAGCCACUUCAUCCAGCUGUACAGGGACACCCUCACAGGGAAGAUUGUGAAACACCUGUCGCUCUCCCUGUUCGGCAGUUGCUUCUUAGGCAGUGAGGAGCACGCAGGCUUCCUGUAUGUUCAGUCCACUCUCCAGUCCCUUCAAGGUCUACCUCUGCCAAACCAGCCUUACCUCUUCGGCCUGCUGGUCCACAGAGCAGAGGUGGCCUGGGCUAAAGCCUUUCCCUUGCGUCUCAUGCUGCGACUGGGGGCAGAGUACAGAUUUUACCCAUGUCCUCUGUACAGCGUGCGCUUUAGGAAACCCUUGUUUGGGGACAUAGGUCACACUAUAAUGAGACUACUGGUGGACUUUAGGAAUUACCGUUACAGCCUACCAAUGGUGCCGGGGCUCACUGUGGAUCUAGAGGCUCAGAGGACCUUAAUAAAGAUACCAACCACUGGGUAUAAUGAGCUGAUGAAGGCUUUGAAUAAGUCCAAUGAGCAUGUGCUGGCCAUAGGGGCGUGCUUCAAUGAGACUGCAGACUCCCACCUCAUCUGCGUGCAAGGAGACAGUGGCCAGUACCAGACCCAAGCCAUCAGCAUCCACAAUCAGCCACGCAAAGUUACUGGAUCAUGCUUUUUUAUAUUCAGCAGUGCUCUUAAAGCAUCUGCAGGAUACCUGGCCAAGUCCAGCAUUGUAGAAGAUGGGCUAAUGGUGCAGAUCACUGUGGAAACCAUGGCGGAGCUCCGCCGGUCGCUACGGGAGAUAAAAGACUACACCGUCACCUGUGGACGCCUUGACCAAUCAGACAGCCAGGAACUUGUUUGUGUACAAUGGGUGGAGGAGAAAUGCACUGUGAAUAAGGGAGUUAUAAGCCCCAUUGAUGGGAAAUCCAUGGAGUCCAUCAGCAGCACGAAGAUGUUCCAGAAGUCAGAAUACAAAGAAAAUGGGAAAAUCAUCCGCUGGACAGAAGUGUUUUUCCUGCAGAGGGGGGAUCAUCCCAAAGGAGGAGCGUCUGACUCUGCCGAACACAACCGGCUAACGGAGCGAAUUGCCCGGGCCUUUUGCUUGGCGCUGUGUCCGCACCUCAAACUACUCAAAGAGGAUGGGAUGGCCAAACUGGGGCUGCGUGUUACGUUUGACUCUCAAGAGGUGGGAUUUGUGGCUGGGAGCAACGGGCAGCCCCUCCCAGCUCGGUACCUCAACGCUCUGGACAGCGUGCUGAUCCCUGUCAUACACAGCAGGGGGCGCAAGAGGGGCGAUGAGCCCAUCGUGAUGGAGCUUAUCUUUUACAUCCUAGAGAACAUCACUUAGAGCGUACACACCCCACACUAUUUCAUCUUUUUCAACCCUGACCACAACUCUGUCUCCAGCACUCCUCAUCAGUGCUGCCAUUGGUUUCAGGGCAAUAAUAGCAUUCAAAGGGCGAACCAGACCACAUCCAAGGUCUGCAUCCAUCUCAUCCACACACGAGUAGAGAGAAGUGGUCUGACUCUUUAGUGGUUUUUUCUGAUCGCACUCUGCCACGCAGCAGACAAUCUGGGUACGCAUGAAACCUAUGAUGGACCAUCAGAUCAGGGUGCUGUACUUGCACUGUAGUAGCAACUUCAUAGCUUGAUUAUCAUUCAUGUCACAAUGUUCAAUACAACUUCCAAUAUGGAGAAUACCUUUAAAGUGGGAGCUGGAUUCAGCCCCACGACCCUAAAGCAAAGAGAAAAAGAAAAUGACUUGAAGUACUGUAUGUAGUAGAUCUGUAGCAAUUUGAUGCACACUGAAUGAAUGCUUAAAGAAUGUUUUCAUACUGGAUGUAUUUUAAAUGACUGCUAAUGAAAUGUAAUGUCAGCCUGGAAUUAAACUUGCAACAAUGACUGGA